AGUAGCUACAGCGAAAUUACAGCUACUGAACAGCUCCUCUCCAUUACGAGAAUGUCAAGACAAGUCAUAGUGUAUGAAAAGCACUGUAAGAUAAAAGAUAUAUUUGAAUGAUGUGAUAAGAACGAGCAGGAUGAAACGUGCAUUUAUGCCCAGUUUAUUCAAGAAUAAGCGACCCAGGACAGUCAAUAUCUUAGCCGCUGAAUCUGCCGAACGUCAGCAGUUGACCGACGGGGCUGUUUCGGGCGAUGAAGACCUGAGUGAUUUGCCAUCAGACACCAAAGCAGCAUUAACAUACCUCAGAAGUCUCUUUGACGUUCAUCGGUUUGAGGGUAGAAUUCCUCCAAUCUUGCUGAAGCAUCAACUCUACAGUGUAAUCCAAAACAAAACUCAAGUAGACAGAGAAGUGGAUCAACUUCGAGAUAAGAAAGAAAUCAAAAUCUUCAGGUAUGGCAAGGAUGGGGAUGAGUUCUGUAUUGUCUUCACAGCUGAUUAUAUUUCUCAUGUCCGUAAGAUAGCAACCCAACAAGGAGUCUCGGCUCUCAUCGAUAGAUUCAUACCAGAGAUCUUAGAGAAGAUGAACAACAUUACUUUCUCCCGUCAAACACUCUGUGAUGUCCAUGGAUUCAAGGACAAAGAAAUAACAAUGCUAGUGAUAGCUGGGAUGCUUACAGUACGAGAUGUCGGGUCAUGGUGGCUGUCUAUCCCAGGAGCUGGAAUCUUCAUGAAAAACUUUUCUAAAGGUAGACAGUCUGUUCUGAGAGCUAUCAAGAAAGCCAAAUAUAGAGAAAUACUGCAGAAGGAGUUGGAGGAGAGGAAGCUACAGGCAGUCAAGAAACUGAGUAUGAUGUACCAUAUACAUGAUGUCAUAGGGGCUGAACUGGUCACCAAGAUCAAGACGACAUCAGGGAUAAUACUAAGAUUGGAUGAAUGAGAUGCUCUACAUCCUUUAAUAAAUGAUGCACAUUCAAGUUGAGAUUGAUAUUAGCUACCCUUAUCUUUGUGAUUUUCUGAUUUCAAUUCUUGCCAUUGUAGAGGUAUUGACACCUCUGUCAGAGAGAAAAUUAUAUUGUAAUAUAUUGUAUUAUGUUGUAUUGAAGAGGAAAGGUUCAUUUCUUGUUGUUUGGAUAUCUUUUAAAAGUUGAUUCAGACAUUAAUUGUAGGUGCAUGAAGCAGUGAAUGAUAACUUAUAAAUAUAAAUAAUAUAUUUACAUAUAAAUAAACUAUUUGAAAGACAUUUCAGUUUGUGUAACAAUAUCUGAGUUGAAGAUUUCCAAUGUGAUUUCUUAUUUUAAUGAGAGUGCUGUUCUUAGUCAUAGCAAUAAGAGACAUUUUUUAAAGCAUUUUUGGAGUGCAUGGAGUUGGCCCAACUGAAAAAGUGAAUAUACAUGUACAGUUAAAAGCAUACAAAUUUCAUUUUCUUCAUCAUUUUUGUCUAAGUUCUGCUCUUAUAAAAGUGAUUUUUGGAAGCAGAAUGUCACAGGUGCUUUCAUUAUGAAAAUGUGAACAUAAGGUUUAUACUUUUGAAUGUCACGGCAUAAAAUAUUGACUAUUUUGCCUUGAAUGUUACUUGGAGUGACAGGUCUAUGUUUUACAUGUAAGGUAAAGCAGAUACCUCAUGAAAGUCAUUGUUAUAAAGAUGUUAUUCAAAUAUAUAUAUAAUCCAAUUAACAGAACUUACACUUUGUGUAUUUGUACUUGGACUACCGGUAUCUGAUGUGUAUGAAAUUUUGGCAGCAGAGCUAUUGUCUAUAAUCUUUACAUGUCAUGCAUGUAUAAACAUCAGGUAUAAUUUUGAAUAUCACGGCACAAAAUAUAGACUAUUUUGCCUUGAAUGUUGCUUGGAUGAGCUAUGUAGAAUUAUUAUAUACCAAUGUUUGAAAUGUGAGGGAAAAGUUACUUCCUGAAUGCUGUUGUUUAUAAGAUGUUCUUUUGUCUUUUGAAAACAAAUUUCUGCCACCCUAUGAACAG